UCCAGACUGCCCCGCAAUACCUGCCUGCAACCUGCCCUGUGUGCUGACUCUGGGUGCUGACAACUGCCUUUCCUGUGAGUGUCAACCCCUCACGUGUCCAGCUGACUGCCAUGAGGCCCUCGGCCCUAAAGGCUGUGUUGAUUGUGACUGUGGUGAAACACCCUCCCACUGCCCUCCGGUUCCUACUUGCUCGCCUCCUUGCACGCUAAAGAGGGCAGCCGAAAACUGCUUUGAGUGUCAUUGUGGUCAGACUCGUCCUGCAGACUGUCCUGCUGAACGUAAAUGCGAACUACCUUGUCUCUUGGCUCCUCUCCCAGAUAACUGGGAGGGAUGUUUCUGCCCAAAUCCCAUAGAGAAGGUAUGUCCCGAAGUCGAAGUGUGCAAGCCUCCUUGUACCACCUUGCUGGAGCCAGAUGGGUGUCUUAAGUGCCAUUGUCCACAAGUUUGUCCACGCAGGGAAUGCAAACCACCGUGCAGGCCUUUUGUCAAGUCAGAUGGCUGCCUAGAUUGUGACUGCCAAGCUUGUGAACCUGUAAAACAUUGCCCUAUAUCCUGUCCCAUCAAGAAAAUCAGUAAAGGAUGCUAUUACUGUGACUGCCCCCCUUGCCAGCCAGUUGGUGAGUGUCAUCCACUCUGUUGCCCUAAGUAUGACUUCCAAGGAUGCAAGGUGUGCGAUUGUCCACACUGCCCGCCGGUCACAAACUGCUCUGCUGAAUGCACUGUGAGGAAGAAGAACAAUGGCUGUGAUUACUGCGACUGUUCAACAUGCAAGCCUCUGACGAAUUGUCCCGAUGACUGUCCAAAGAUAAAAGACGAAAGGAAUUGUGAUGUUUGUGGCUGUCCUGUGUGUAAGCCAUUGGCACAUUGCCCGACUAACUGUUCUGUAGAGAAAGACGAGAAUGGAUGUGACAUCUGCAAGUGCCCCGAGUGCAACCAAGUGCACUGUGAUUCUUCCUGCACAGUUACAAAGGAUACCAUGGGGUGUGAUGAAUGUACUUGCUCUUUCUGCCAGCCUGUCACUGAGUGCCCCAGUAAUUGUUCUGUCAUAAAAGACAGCAAUGGUUGUGAAGUAUGCCAUUGUUUAAUUUGCCAGCCGUUAUCACACUGUCCUGAAAAUUGUGAAAUAAAAAAUAAAAAUGGCUGCAAUGAGUGUUUCUGUCCCGAUUGCCAGCCGAUUCAGUACUGCCCAGAUGGAUGUCCAAGGAAACUAAAUGAACAUGGCUGUGAGGUCUGUGAUUGCCCUGCUUGUAAACCUGUUGUUAACUGUCCAGAUCAAUGUGACAUAGUCAAGAGCAGCGUAGGUUGUGAUGUAUGCUACUGCCCCCUCUGUCAGCCAUUGCUUGAUUGCCCUCAUGAAUGCUCCACGAAGACAGACGGAAAUGAGUGUGACGUAUGUGAUUGAUGUGUGUGUGUGAACC